AUGGCUGCUGCGUUUGUUGUUUUAUUCGAUUCGGAGAGAGCAAAGCGUCGGGAAAGGGUAUUUCGAGAUCGGUGUAACUCUCUAGACACAUUUAAUGACACUGAAGUUGUAGCGCGGUAUCGCUUUCCAAGGCGAUACAUUUUCGAGCUGGUUGACCUAGUGCAAGACAAAAUCCAACAUCCAACCACAAGAUCAUAUGCCAUUCCUUCACAUAUCCAAGUGUUAACAACCCUACGCUUUUUAGCCAAAGGAGAAUACUUGUCUGAGGUUGGGGAUCUUCAUGGAAUUUCAAUAUCAUCUGCUUCCAGGAUUGUCACCUCUGUUUGCUCUGCUUUGUGCGAGUCCCUAGACAAUGUAAAGUUUUCUGAGACAAAUGAAGACCUUGCAAAGGUGAAAGAGGAUUUCUAUCAAUUGGCAAGUUUUCCAAAUGUUGUUGGGGCAAUUGAUGGAACACUGAUACCCAUCCAAGGGAUGACAGGAGAUGAGGAGCCAAACUUUAUCUGUAGGAAAGGGUUUCCAGCCAUUAAUGUCCAGGGUGUUGUAGAUGCCAACCUUCGCUUUUCAAACAUAGUGGUGAGGUGGCCAGGAGCAACACACGACUCCUUUAUUCUACAGAAUUCCUCGCUACCAAACAUAAUGAGAAGAGUUAAUGGUUGGCUCUUGGGGGAUUCAGGCUAUCCACUCAGGAAAUGGCUCUUGACCCCAUUUGUAAACCCAAGGAGUCCUCAGGAGCAGAGGUACAACAAUGCCCAUUGUACUACAAGAAACACAGUAGAAAGGGCAUUUGGAGUUCUCAAGAGUAGAUUCAGAUGCAUUCACAAAACAGGAGGCAGUUUGCAGUUUGCACCUGAAAAAUGUAUAAAGAUUAUCGAGUGCUGUUUUAGGCUACACAACAAAGCCAUAGAUGCCAGAAUUCCACUAAUUGCUGGAAAUGAACCCGUCCAGCUUUAUCAAAACAAUGUUGCGUAUCAAGGCUUGGAUAAUGAUGGAAUUGCUGUGCGGCAAAGACUUGUUCAGAGGUUUUGAAAACCUUUGCUAUGUUUUAGGAUAAUAAUAUA